AUGUCCUUCAUCGCUACUAUACUGUGUGCUGCCUCUCUAGCAUUCACAGUUCCUGCCCUACCAUCAAGAGCCCAGGGCGAGCGCGGUGCUGUUGCUAGUCAGAGCAAAAAAUGCAGCGACAUUGGAGUGGAGAUGUUGAAGAUUGACGGCACUGCGGCCGAUGCGAUGAUUGCCACUGUUCUUUGCGAUGGAGUCGUGUCCAUGUACCAUAGUGGUAUUGGGGGGGGUGGGUUCAUGCUAGUGCAUGCCCCGAAUGGCACAUCCGAGUUCAUUGACUUCCGUGAAACUGCACCCAGGGCCGUUGACGAAGAGGCUUACCUAAACGACCCUAAUGCCUCCAAGAUAGGUGGAAGUGCCAGUGGCGUCCCCGGUGAGAUUCGAGGCCUGGAGCACCUGCAUAAGAAUUACGGAAGGCUACCAUGGAAGUACAUUGUUGACCGUGUCGCACUGGUUGCGGAAGAAGGAUUUACCGUCACAGAGGAUAUGGUUCACUAUAUGGAGAUGAGUAUUAACAGUACAGGAUACAACUUUUUAGUCAGGGAUCCAUCCUGGGCCAUAGACUUUGCUCCCAAUGGGAUUCUAGUAAAACAGGGUGAUACCAUGACUCGCAAGCGAUACGCAGCAACAUUGAGAGAGAUUGCGGACUAUGGCCCGGACGCAUUCUACAAGGGCAAAAUCGCACGGUCAAUAGUAAGAAAUGUUCGAUCCACAAAUGGUAAUAUGACCGAAAGUGAUCUCUUGGAAUACGGAAUCAUUCGAAGAGAUACGUCGGAGAUUACAUACCGAGGCUACAAUCUCACCAGCACCACCGCACCUACAAGUGGCGCGGUAGGUCUUAGCAUAUUAAAGAUAUUGGAGAGGUAUACUGAUUUCUUUCAAUCUGGGAACGAGCCACUGAGCACUCAUCGGAUGAAUGAGGCAAUCCGGUAUGGUUACGCACGGAGGAGUUUACUUGGAGAUCCUGACUUCAGCACACAUGACUUGAAGGAGUAUCAACAAUGGAUGCUGGCUGACAGCACAGCGAGCCUAACGAAGAUUGAUGACUGCCGAACACAUCACAAUUCAUCCUACUAUAUCCCCGGUGGGCUUGGGCAUGGUGCUAGUCAUGGGACAUCUCAUAUGUCAGCCGUGGACAAAGAUGGCUUAGCCAUUGCUUUAACAACCACUGUCAAUCUCUGGUUUGGGAGCCGAGUCAUGACCGAUGAUACGGGGAUUGUCUUGAACGACGAGAUGGAUGACUUUUAUAUACCCCACGGUUCAGAUGAUCCCACGCUAUUUCCUCAAAAUCGCAUACAGCCAGGCAAACGGCCUCUGUCUACUAUUUCACCUACAAUCGUCACGCGGAACGGCGAAUUAUACUUUGUCACCGGGGCUGCCGGCGGGACGCAGAUUGCAACAACCACACUCCAGGGGAUCAUCAAUGUGCUCGACCGGGAUAUGAAUACGUUCGAUGCGCUUGCUGAGCCACGACUACAUGACCAAUUAUUCCCUGAUACAACUAACGUGGAAAACCCAUAUCAGUCCCGGAAGGCCGUCGAGGGUGGGUACAAUACUACGAUCGUGGAUUAUCUGCGUCGAAAAGGACAUGAUAUAACUUGGUUCGACUCCAUUGGCAUGUCUCAAUCGAUUCGACUCCUUCCUGAUGGAAGCAUCGAGGCUGUGGGAGAGCCACGACAAGUCAAUUCUGGAGGAGCUUAUAGGGUGAGAGCAUAG